UCAGGAAAAACCAUCUUAACUCUCCUGUGAUUUUACAAGUGAGGAAACCAAAAUGUCAGCAGAGAGAGUUGGACUACCGUGCCCAAGGUUGUCAAACUAGUAAGUGGCAAAGGUGAAACGUAUGUUCAGAUCUGUUGGUUGUGAGUCUUUGUAUUAGCUUCCUGCUCCUAUCGUCCUUCUACCUGCUUCUUAGUAAGGCCCAUAACCUUUCUCAUCAUGUAGGUUGAUGACGCCCAGAUCCCUGCAUCCAGCAAAGAAUCUCUUCCUUGGGUGUCAGACUCCUGCUUAGACACACCCCAGUUGCUUGUGACUAGAAAUGCCCUUCUCUCCCCUUAAAUGGCCAAGUACUACAACAACAUAAUGUGGCUGCUUCAUAAAAUAAUUGAUGGCAUUUGUGGCCGAGCUUAUCCUCUCUACCAGGAUUAUCACAGUGUUUGGGAUUCGACAGAAUGGAAGAAUGUUCUAGAAGAUAUUACCAAAUUUUUCAAAGCUGUAGUUGGUAAAAAUUUACCUGAUGAAGAGAUAUUUCAGCAGUUGAAUCAGCUGAAUUCAUUUCAUCAAGAAGCUAUCAUGAAAUGCUUGAAAAGUAGGAAAGAGGAAAUCAAGAAGGCUCUGUUAGAAGAAAUAGUUGAUAUUUCUUCUGCACAGCUACAGGAUUUUGACUGGCAGUUGAAGCUUGCACUGUCUAGUGACAAGAUUGCUACAUUACAAAUGCCACUUUUAAACCUUACUCUAGACGUAAAAGAAAAUGGUGAAGUCAAACCAUAUUCUGUCGAAAUGAGUAAAGAAGAGCUGCAGAAUCUAAUAAAUUCCUUGGAAGCAGCUAAUAAGGUGGUCCUGCAGUUGAAAUAACUGGAAAUGAUGAAUACCAACACUAUCAGAUUUCACUGCUACACCUGAUAACGGGCGAGUGAAUACUGUGUGUUCAGAAAACCUGCAAUAUACGGACUCUUACACUGUGCUGAGAAAGCAACAGUGUUGAGAUUGCAAAGAUAAAAAUUUAUCAGCUUCCCUAAAGAACAGGAAAUGACAUGGUUGACUGGAAAUGCAUAAAAAUGAUAGAUGAAAAAGCUAUAAUAGCAGUUUAUAUUUUCGUAAUGGCUGUUUUGCCCCAUUUAUUAAAUAUUUGAGAAAUCUUUAUAGAUAUACAGUUUUAUUGAAAGUUGAAAAUAGGUUCUAAAGUAAUGUAAACAUACAAAGCACAAAUAUACUUGAAUGUUGCUUAAAGGAAUAUAUGAAUAGCAAGGAUGUGUAUUAUGGAUAUAUAUGAUUAAUUUGUAAUAUUUUAAAAAAUAACUUUUAAAGAAUGUAUAAGCUGCAUAUAUAACUCAGGAGAUUCCAUAUCUUUCUUAUAUUUCAAAGGAAAGAUUAUAAAAUGUAAAUUUCUUAGAGAAAGAAGCUCUUCUUCAGACAUGAACAAGAAAAAGUAAUUAAAAUUGUGUGAACAGUUUUGAGUUUAUGAAUUAUUAAAAUAUUACUAGAAUAGGAAAAAAUGAAAAUAACACUGUUACUUCUGCAUUUCUGUGUCUGAUUGGGAGGGUGUGCUGUGAUAAAGAGAGUAGAUGUCAUUGUAUAGUGUGUAUAUAACUAUUCAAAUAUUAGCUAAUAUUAAAUAUAAGUCCAUUUUUGUUAUAAACCCUUAA